AUGAGCAGCGCCCCCGCGCCGGGCCCCGCGCCCGCCUGCCUCACGCUCUGGGACGAGGAGGACUUCCAGGGCCGCCGCUGCCAGCUGCUGAGUGACUGCGCGAACAUCGGCGAGCGCGGAGGCCUGCGCAGGGUGCGCUCGGUCAAGGUCGAAAGCGGCGCUUGGGUGGCCUUUGAGUACCCAGACUUCCAGGGACAGCAGUUCAUUCUGGAGAAGGGCGACUAUCCUCGCUGGAGCGCCUGGAGUGGCAGCGGCGGCCACCACAGCGACCAGCUGCUGUCCUUCCGGCCAGUGCUCUGCGCGAACCACGGUGACAGCCGCGUGACACUGUUUGAGGCGGACAACUUCCAGGGUUCCAAGUUUGAACUCACUGAUGACUACCCAUCCCUGCCCUCCAUGGGCUGGGCCAGCAAGGAUGUGGGUUCCAUCAAAGUCAGCUCUGGAGCGUGGGUGGCCUACCAGUACCCAGGCUACCGGGGCUACCAGUAUGUAUUGGAGCGGGACCGGCGCAGUGGGGAAUUCCGUACCUACAGCGAAUUCGGCACUCAGGCCCACACCGGGCAGUUGCAGUCCAUUCGGAGAGUCCAGCACUAA